GCAGUGCGCGUUUUCCUCGCAUUGUGUCCUCCGUGUGAAUCCUUUUUCAGUUCGUUUUUCCUUUCGCGAGCUACCCCGUGACUGCGCCCGUCCGCUGGUGAAAGUGUGAGUGUGUGUGUGUGCCGCUGUACGUGUGCCCGUAGCAUCACUGUACGUGUGACGGGUAGAACGUUACCGUGGCCAGGGGCAUUUGUAGGGAAAGCACGGAAACACGGGACCACGGUGUGGCGUUGAAAGCCUGUGAAGGAAUCGAUCUGUCCGAAACUGGUGGCCAACAUCCGGAGCUGAAGUGUGUGAGGAUUCCGAAAGUUUAAAAAAAACCUCAAAGCGGCAAACGUGUGUAAAAGAAAUCGUCCGAAUGUAUCGUCUGCACUCCAAGUCUGCCUGUCGGUGUGGAUCGUUCGUCCUGGGACAAUUACCAGGGGACGGAAGUGAACCACGUAUUCGUGCGUGUAUGUGCUCGACAGUACGUGUGUAUGUGUAGUUAUGUGAGAAAUGAAUGAAUGACAGAAGAGGAAGGUAAAAGCACUAUUCCCAAUGCAAAAUGGAGGAGACCUUCCUGUGUGAAAUGUGCGUGCUCUAAGGUUCGGUAGACAUUUUACGACCCGCAACUAAUAAUCGCUGCGUGCUGGAAUGCUUGGUAUUGUCGCUGUUAUCAUCAUUAUGAUCAUUAUCAUAGUUAUCCCUACGCUCUUUAUCAUCUAAUACCAUCAUCAUCAUCAUCAUCAUAAUCAUUACCGAAGUAGCACCAUCGUUUAGUACGACCACUAGCGCAGCUAGGACACAUCCAGGACACAACCAAUACCAGCGGCUCGGCGACCCAACCAACACUCGCAGAAAGCUCGCUCCUGGCGUACACCUACUGUCCAACAGAAACCCACCCACUGACACACAUCGGAACACAUACACGAUUACAGGCAACACGGUCCAAGUGACAUUUGGGUGUACCGUGAUCUGUUUGAGGGAGAUGAAAUUGUUUUUUUUCUUCUUUUUUUAGUAAAAAGGACUAUUUCUUGCUUCAACUUUUUUGCUCAAUUCAAAUGCAAUAGUUUACAUCAUAAGAGGAUAACAUCAUUUGAAUAUCUUAUAUGUAUGUAGCAUUCCCGUGCUCUUCACUCCUGUUCAGAUGCAUAGUGCCGGAGGAAGUGAAAAGUGAAAUAAAUCACCUUGCAGAUGGAAAGACCAUUCGCACGGAAGAGGAACAAACGCAAAUCGAGAACAAUUAUUGCGUGCAUUCGUGCGUAGCACGCUGUACACCCACAGGACCGGAUGGACGCACCACAUCGAGCUACUAAUUCAUGGGGUGAUGGUAGUAGUGGUGGUGUUGUCCGUGUCCCAUUGCCCUUAAUUCCAAUCCAGAGCUACUGGAUGGCUUUUUCUCCGAUCGUGGUACGCUGAUCGCGAUGAGAUCGGAUAUAAAUCGAUCGUCAUGAGUUUUAAGCAUAUGUGUUUGCACUUGAAGGGCAUUUUUGGCAAACAUUCGUAUCGAAGCAAUUGGAGGUCCCAUGACGGAUGACCGGAUACGAAGACCAACCAUUGAUAGGUACACCUUAUCACACACAGGCGAAUCGGUGUGUGCAACACGAGAUUGUGAGAGAACACCUAGAGCACACGAUACCAAAAACCAAAGGAGAAACGGAGGGUAAAUAAAAAAAGAAAAUACAGAGAGACGAGCGAAGUUUUCUAUUGGUGAAAAACAAAAAAAAACACAGUGAAGAGAACGGACCACCAUUGCUCGGCUGAGGCUCCAAAAAGCCUGAUAAAUGGAAGCAGCCGCAGAGCGAAGCGUAACUGUGUGAUAAAUACGAAGGAGAGUGCGUGAAUCGUGUCUCUCGCAGUGUGGCCGCUUCCGAUGGGUUGCCUUGUUGUGUUUGCUCCCCGUGUGUUUGCUCCGUUGUGACCUCGCAGUACGCAUGAGUGAUGUUAUCGAUUGAUUGCGCACGCAAACCCUUUGCUCGUCGCGCCAUCUCGCAGCAAGCCGAAGCGCUAGCAGCAGCAGCAGUAGUAGCACCAGCAGCACCAGCAACAUCAGCAGUAGCAGCAGCACCAUCAGCAGGCUGCGCACAGCACGGUUGAUGCGGUUUCGGGAAAAGGAAGCAAACGCAUCAAACACACACAUACACACGUACCAACGGACGCACGCACACAACCACGUGUGGUGUUGUUGUGUGCGCGUGCUGAUCGUGCUUCCGGAACGGUGCGGACCAGUGCGGUGUGCCGUGUGCAGUAAGGCCAGCUUUUUUUUGUUCCUUCGUGGUGGCCAGAACGGCGAACAGGGCCAGAUCAGUGCCAAUGGUGGAAGUGUUGUUACAGCACCAGCAGCAGCAGCAGCAGCGGCGGCAGCUCGAGUCGUUGUCAGUGUCAGUGCGGUCGUGCAGCAGGAGCAGUGCUAGUUUGGCGUUUGUCGUUCGUGGUGGCUGUCAGUGUGGGCCCGUGAGCCCGGUUUCGGUGGUGCGUGUGUGCGCGCGUGACCGUAGCGGCCACUAGAGCAGGAAAGCGGCAGCACAAGAAAAAAAAAGAAGAAGAAGAAGAAGAAGAGGAGGAGGAGGAAGAGGAAGAAUCACAAGCAUAAGCAGAAGAGGGAGAGUUACAAGGGCAUUAGCAGAAGAAAGGUUGCACAGGAGAAGUGCCCGUUGUUUUUGUUGGAGCCGCCUGCGGCCGUGGCAUCGUUGGUAGUGACGGGUGGACGUGGGGGAUCGCGGGGAAGCGGGACGGCAGAGAGCGGACGUUCGGCGCACGGCGGACGAUGAUGGUGGGGCCAUGAGCCCGAGCCCCGAGGUCGUUGCGAGCCGCAAGCGCGUCUCAAGCGGGCCUGCACCAUGCUAGCGCCGCCGAACCCGAGGUCAAUAUGCGGCCAGGACCCGGGCUGGUCGUGAUGGCGCUUGCGUUUAUUUCGGGGGCUCGGCGAGGCACCGGUCUACAGAGCAGCAGUGCCAGUCAGAGUGGCAAGUUGGGCAAAGUUGGAGAAGACAAUACGGGAGAAGGCGGCGCACUAACGCGGAUCAAUCCGUGGCUUUCGGCGUGCGAUCUGGAGCAGCCCAACUCGGCACCGGAUCUCCAGGGUCAAUGUUCAGCCGGUACACUGCCUGUGGCCUGGAUAGACGAAGGUCCUGGACCACCGCGGUGUCCACCGCCAUGUGAAACAUUUCGUACACAUGCUACAUAUAAUAAUAAAAAUAGUAAUAAGCCAUACAAUAUUGAUAAUACUAAAUAUAACAUGGAGAACCGGUUAAAUGAUAAACAACAGUGCCUUGACUAUUUGGGCGAUAAUGAAGAGUUAAGUCCAGCACAAAUUUGUAAAAAAUCGUCACAAAGUAUUGAGACCAAGCUGAAAACAUUACGUUUAAGACAUUGUUGUGAACGUACCGUUGGCAGUGCUUUACACAACGCAGCCUACGCCGACGUGCUGUACGGCGGUACCAACUGUACCGGGCGGCUGACCGAGCUGCUGGAGACGGACGCACUGGCGGCACGGAUCACAUGCGAAUUUACCGAGGUGCUGAUACGGUACGACUGCGGACAGCCGUACUCUAUCAUCCACCACUGUGAGGAUUGUAAGGAGGCAUAUCGAAGGUGGGGCUGCAGUGUUUUUAUACCGUACUUCACGUCGAGGGACGACAUCAAAAGUGUUAACAAUAAAACCGGUAAUCGAGACAGUGACCGUGCUACCCAAGGGAAAUCGAAUGCCAUCUUUGGGGACGCCGCGAACAAGCAGACUGAACCGAACAUGAACGAUGCAAACAAGCAGCAACUAGUAAAAAAUAUAUCAAUCACUGUAAAAAGUUCACGCCGAAAAACGCAACGAGUACGAAUACGACCAUGUCUAAACGUAUGCCAAACCGUAGAGCAAAAGUGCCCGUACAUGUUACCGGGAGAUCGGGCACCAGCCUAUCCGACGCAGUACGCCGGUGAACCGACGUUUCUUUGUCGAGACCUUAACAUCGAAGAAACGGGCGACCAGCUGCGAAAGUCCAACAACGGUCCAACCGGUUGCUGCUACGAUUACUGCGGUUCCAGUCCCAUCGACGGGCUGUGUGCACGAUGUGAUCCGCUGCACAACGAGACUCAGCAUCCAGACAGUGCCGCCCUAGCACUUAGCAGCGAACCACCAACGAUAUCGCCGAGCUGCCCGAGCAUCACAACUCCAACGAGCAGCUCCUCCCUGUCCGAGCAGUGCCGAUUGUCGCAGACCGCCAUUACGUUUACUGCUACGACCAGCUCUCCCAGCACCACCACCACCGCCACCACUACUAGCCGCAGUAGUAGCAGUAGUACCACCGCCAGCACUACCACCACCACCACCACCACCAUCAGUAGCAGGAGGCUCACGGGUGACAGUGCCUCCACUACGGCCAUGGCCGUACCGUCGGGUUCGUCGCCAGCCCGGGCAAUCUCAUCCCUGCUGCGGGCCCUGUGCGCCCUCGGAUCGGUGUAUCGAACGCACACAAACGGUGUACAGUCGUGGAUUGCGAUGGUGGCGGUGCUGACCGUCGGAACCGAGCUUGUCGCCUGGACGAAGCAACUUGUGCAUCUGCUCGUGGUCUUAUAGCUCACGUUGCAUGGGUUCCGGGAGUUAACCGACCCGCACGCACAGUCUGCCCUACGGCUGGAUCAAUUACACCGAGCCAGCAAGCCGCAAACGACCGACGAGCAAACCACCAACAAAACCCGUCUCAGGACGAUUCUGCAGGGUGAAAAAGAACCAAUCCGCAGAAUGGUAAGGUAAAAGUCAGGUAGUGAAUCAUACCGGAGGAGAUGAAAAUAUUAAAAAAAACAAGCAACAACAACAGCACACGAAUAACAUAACCCUUGAAUAAGCGAAUGUCGCGAAAGCGUGUUGUACAUGCAAAUGGAAAGGAAAUAAUCACACCAUAGUAGUAUUUUUGGUGCAAAUCAAAUACAAGCAUUAGCAAACGCGACAGCAGCCGAAAACCGAAACAAAGAAAAAAUAAACCCCGAAAUAAUAAUUGCAAAUUGGGAUAACCUAUAGGGAGGAUGAAGCGAGAUGAAGUUUUAGGAAAAAAAAAUCGAAACACACUAGUGUUCCACAACACGCGUAACAAGUAAUAAAAAGAAACAAAAAACACAUACACAGAUACACACACACACACAUACACACGUACUCUCACAAACAAAUCACUGACGAGGUAUAGUGCAAUAAAAAACACAACAAACUAAACAAUUUAACGCAUUAACGAAUUAUGAAGCAGACGACACCGGUGUAGAGAAAACAAAACCGAACAAAACACAUGCAGUAAAUUACAUAAUAAAACAAACGGAAAACACACGUACGGAGCAGUAUGUUGGCAGCGGUAGUUACUAUCGAAAUUGCGGAUGGCUCAUAGGGCCCGAAUAGAAGCAUGCGGAUGGAAGAAAUAAUUACUCCACGUCAGAUAUUUGUAACAGAAAGCUUAACAAAUAAGCAAUUCACCAAGUUAAAACAAAGCGGCUAGAGUUUAACGUGACUUUUGUGUGAGGGAAGGGUCAAGAUGAAUGGAGCGAGGAAAUAUUCUGCCAGAAUGUUCCGCAUCUAAGAAUAAGACAAACAACAAAACAAAACAACAAAACAAAACAAACAAACAAACAAGAAAAAAGCAAGCUAGCCAAACUGACCCGAGCCAAACAUCCAGCCAAAUGGAUGGGGCAUUUUUGGUUGGGGCAAGCAAGGUGUAGGAAUGGGUGACAAAACCAGAAACAUACGCGUAUACAAUAAUGUUACAUCGCUGAAACGUAAACGACAGUUAAACAAGUGUUUGAAAUAAAAUCACAAACAUCAACAAACUGAUGAACAAUUUAGGUGAAAUAUUAAAUUUAACUUAUUGCUAAGGGUUUAAGAGAGCAAGGAAUAAGGAAUGUUAAACAGUAUAGUAACAUGCAUAAUGAAAAUCCACAAUUUAUUCGCGAGUCAGCGAGACGGAAAGCGUUUGAUUGGUUUUGCCAAAUAUCGACAUUUAAAGGAAAGGAGCGAAACACAAAUGCCACAGCAUAGGGCGUGUGUGUGUGUUUCGAGUGUAUGUGUGCGUGUGUGUGUGUGUGUGUGUGUGUGUGUGCGUAGGAAGUAUUUAGAACCUCGAUCACAUUCAAAACACUAAAAACCGUGAAUUGCAGAACGUGUCGCGUUUGAAUGUACGGCAAAACCUAACAGUUCUCGGGCUAAGUAGCUGUAAUACACUCGUGACCUCUAGGGAGGGCAAAAGUUAUUUUUUUAAAAUGAAAACGAUCUAGGCCAUGUGUUCGAUAGAGUUUUGCUUGCGCGGGUGAAUAAAACACAAGCAAAACAGGGUUGCGGCGAAAAAAAGGACACAUAAAGUAAGUUGUAUAAAAAGAGAGAUAAAGAGGAUGAGAGAGAAAGAGAGAUAGAGCGAGGAAUUAAAGUUGCGACCGCGAAGGUACAUAGUGGAAGUGUUAGUUUUGUUCGUUGUGAUGUUAGAAGCUGUUGUUUUUUUGUUUUAUUCGGAGAACCGUUUUGUGUUUAAUGUUUGUGUUGAGCUGUUUACGUACAUGCGGGUUCCUUCUUUUGUGUGGGUAAAACGGGGUCACCACAGAGCCUGCGGAACCGGUGUGGUGUUAGCAACAACAACUACAACAAAACAUAAGAUAAGAAAAAAGCACAUACACACAUACAAUGCUAUUACUAACUAAGACGACUUACCGCAGGAAUAUGAAGAUGUAAGCUAGUUUUUAUUGAACCUUCCAACUAGCGGAAUGCACGCAAAAUGCUAAAUAUAGUGCAGCUAGGGAACCGAUGCACCGUUCACCGAUUCACACGUACACUUUCCGCUCACCAUUCAAUACACACGAAUGCAUCAAAACUACACCAUACCUUCAUGCAAAAUAUUAUCUCUUUAACCUGUACUAGCAAUGAACACGUUGAGAAUGAAACUAUAAAAUCCUGUUUGUAAUGCAAGUACAGCAAAACAAUAGAAGUGAAUUAGGAACGGAUAAUCACAUAAAUAACACCCAGAUCGGUAAAAAGAAAGAGAAAUACAGAGAAAAACAGAGAAAGAGAGAGAGAUAGAAUGAAGAUGAAUAGAAUAAUGGAAGAAGACGAAACAAGCAGCCAAAACAUGGAGCAAAACAUACCGAAAAUAUGAAGGAAGGAAAAAAAGAAAAUGGCAAAUAAAACAGAACAAAAACAAUAGUUUAUGCAGGUGAGGCGUAAAUCAAGAAAAAAACGCCAACGCCCUGAAUGUGGCGAAUGUUUUUACUCGCGUGCAUUCUGUCAAGUGAUGCGCUGGUUAGCAGCUGAGAACAAGGGCCGUUACAAAAGACGCCGUUGGUGGGUGGGAGAAAGAAAGAAAAAAAAACAUUUGCAUGGAAAUUGCCAAACCGUGCGAAGCACGGAAACUCUUUAUAGAUAAAUUAAGUCACCACUAUUAUAAUUAGUCCGUCAAUUUUUACAACAAUUGUUGUUAGGUAAUGGAGUAUAGAAAGGCUGUUGGGUGUUUCAAGGUUGAAUGACGCGGCACAUGUUACGAAAGGAUAAAUGAAGGAAUAGAAAGAGAGAGAGAGAUAAAGAGAGUGAAAUAGUGAAAGAAGGAGAGAGAUAUAUAGAAAGGAUGGAGACGAUGGCAUGUUGGCAACAAAUUGGUCCACUUGCACGAUGAACAAAUACAGUACACCACCUGUUAGCAACACCUUUGUGUGUGGCGAACUAAAAGCAAUUGGAUGGCAGCAUAGCUGGCACCGGCAUCUAUCACCUCCUUAUAGUUCUAAAUCGUAGCAAACCGACUUAACAUAGCAUAAACCCACCACGCCACCAAGGAAGUGUUAUCCAGUGAUCUAGCAUGCAGCUAAUGCACUAGUGGGAAUUAGGCAGAUAUUGUGAAGUUGAUAAUAUGAACUGGCACACAGAAAUCUACAUUUUGGAAUAUUUUGCUCUGAGUGAAAACAUCAGAACAUGAGCCUGCGCAUGAAUAAUUUUGAUUGCUUUUCGAUCAAAUAUACCUUGAAGAGCUUAACAAGAUCCUUUCAUCAUUACAUCUCUCUCAUUCUCUCUGUUACUCUCUUUCUCUCUCUAUCUCUCCCUCUGUUUUCUUCUCUUAAAUUGUUUAUUUUGUAUUCAUGUUCCAUUUGGUUCUAUAAAUCUCUCUCUCUUUCUCUGUUCCAUUCUCUCCAUUUUUGUCAGUCGGUCUGUCUGAACACAAAUUUUCCCCGUUUCUAUAUGCGAUCCUUUCUUCGAAAGAAAGCGAACGAUCCUGACGGAAAGAAACCUUAAGGAAAGUGAAAACAAAAAAACCGAAACCGAUUAAUUCAAAUGAGAAAAUUGAAAUUCAUAGCAAACCAAACGAUGCAAAAUCACAUACACACGCAAACACAACCUGUUAAUGUUGGAAGAAACACUUUUAGCUGUUAUCGAAAGCAGACAGAGAACCCAACGUAGGACGAAACAUGGGAAGUAAACAUAGAAGAGAAAAACAAAAAAGAAAGAAUAAACAGGCAACAGAUUCUCUGACAAAAAAUUAUAAUCAAUAGUUGUUAAUAUAAAUGUGAGAUGUAGAAAAUAACAAAAAACAACACACACAAACACAAAAUCAAACGUAAAAGAAAAGCAAAACAAACAAAAAAAAAGAAAACCAAAGUUGCAAUUGCAAUUGUGGUUAAGUUUGAAACGGGCCGUUAAAGCGAAGAAAAAUAUUAAAGUAACAAUUCUUUACCGGCCGGCAUAUAGUUCGAGACUAUUGAUAGUAUGCUAUCGAAAUUUUUCGAUUAACCUGAAGGAUCAGUACGAGCAACUGGGUAAGAAAAGAUAGAAGCGAAGGACUUCACCGAAGCCUAGCGAAGAUUGGUGAAUAGGUGAAGGUUGUUGGGUGGGGAAGGGGGGGGGGGGGGGUUAAUUAUCACAAAACAAAAAUAACUUAAAAACUGACGAAACAAGUAACAAACGAUUAACAUACCAGAAAACAAUAAACAUUAAUGAUGAAACCUUUGGAGAGACGAAGCUAUUGCGGGGGAGAACAAUGACGAACGGGCGAACGACCGAAACAGGUGUAGGAUGAGGGAAAAACAAAGCAAACAUAGAACGUUUGUAAGCAAACAAAAGUGAAUUAAACUACGAAUUAAUUACAAGCGUCUUCAGGAAUGAAUAAAUCGUUGAAUUUAAACCAAAUCGUCUUCACGCGUUGAACAGGGAAGCGUGAAGAUAACUAGAGAUAGUUAAGAAAAUAGCAUACAACAUAACACAAUUCCAGAAGGAUAUACACACACACACAUACUCAAUCACACGCAUCAUACAAUGGUCCGUGGAGAAAAAAAACAGCAACAACAAAACAUUGUGAAACUAAUGAUUAAUAUUUGAAAACAAAAAACAAAUAGAACAAGAACACUCAUGUUUACAAAAUCGAAGCCAAUAAAUACUCCGACGAGCCAGGAAGCAUAGCAAGAAAGGGUAAAAAAGGAAAAACAAAAUUAUUAUUAUAAUGAUAACGAAUGUCGGAACAUGCCGUCGAUGAUAAGCGUUAGGUAGCGUUACUAGUCAUAAUGUGUGCCAGGUUGAAAUGGGGCGAGAUCCGACCUUAGCAGAACAUCCCACCCGAAACGUUAGUAUUACCACACGAUCGCAGUCACACUUGCCACACGAUCAACACAGUCUAGACACGACCUCAACACACAUACGCACAUGCGCACACAUACACGCUAACGUAUGCGGAUCACAUGGAAAAGAUGAACGUACGGCAGACAGCAAACAUUUUUAGCAUGUACUGGUCACAAACCAUGGCCAUGACAGGAUAGUCCACUAUUGAUAUUAUAGUUUCUGCCGUCUAACGAGUGCGUGUGCGUGUGUGUUUGCGUGUGUGUGCGGGUGUUUUGGGCAAAUACGCUAGGAUAAAUGAACACAUUAGUUUGCAAACGCUCCUUCCAAUGUCCCACGUUUUCGCCGCUUCGUUAAGGCGCAAGUAUUUGGUACUUUGUUGUAGACUGCCUAGUGUUUAGUGGGAUGGGAUAUAACGUAAAUGCGGCAAAUCGAUUGAACCAGUAUUAUAAACAACCCCCCACCCUUUCCUCCAACCCAUCACCACCCUCAACCACCACCAUUUUCUCCGGCAACUCUCAACCCCCGCACGUUGAUCCCGAUCAGUGUUAGAGCGGGCGCGGGUGUACAAAGCGUACCGGCGUACGCCUGCAAAAUCGUGGAAAUCUCCAAAACCAAAAAACCAACAAGUAUCAUUACUAGAGUGUACAGAUUUGAAAUUGGGCAUACAGAACAACAAGGCGAAAUAAUAAAUGAAUGAUCGCCGCCGCGCAUUGGAGACACGGGUUCGAACGUAAUGGAAGAUUAGAAGCAAAACAAAAUAAAAUAAGAAAGUAAGGCGAAAAAAACGUAAACUACAAUCCAAUUACACUUAACACACUCACACCCAUAAACACACAGACACGCACGUACGCAAGUAAAAACCAACCAACAACAAAAAAAACAACAGUCAAGAAUUAUGAAACAGGAGGAAAAGAAAUGUUUGUACAGUAGAUGAUGUAGAAAUUGUUUCCGCAAAUGUAUAACCACUACACGAAUGGAUACAACAAUGCUCUGUUAUUGAUAAAUAAAUCGAACAAAAGAAAAAAAAUCAACAAACAACCACUCUCCAUUAGGGGUUUACCGUUUUGUCCGGAAAACCUUUUGCGCAUCCCGUGGGACGCGAACAAUGUUUGUGUGGGGGCAAAUGAGAAACGUGACCACGCGCUGAGCACCAUUUGCGAAACCUUUAUUUGCGCACACAAACCUACACACGGACACAUUUUCUAAUUCGUGUUGAGAUCUUCAGUGCUGAAUAGUUGUGGAUGUGUGCUGUUAGUUAGGUUAAUGAUUUCGAAAAUCGGCUUUCACGCUGAACAUUAGAUAUUGAUACUGACAUUAGGUUCAAUGUUCACUUACUGUCUGAGUUUGCCAAUUUUGCUAAUAAUUUGUAAAUGAAAUGCACCUUUUGUGUCCACAAUCGCAUGCUGCUUAGUUUGACUAUGUUCUAGCAAAAUGCAAAGUACUUCAAUUGCACGCUACCAUACCAUUUCCAUUAUGCGCACACCCAUCUUGAAAUGCGCCCACUGCAACAUAAAACAAAACAAACAAACAAACAGGUAACGAAACAUCAAAUAGUGUAAUAGCAAUUGACACCGGUACACGGAAUCGGCGGUGUUUAUUUAGAUAAUUACAAACUAGCAAAACCGUAUGGCUAGCUAGCGUCAAACCGAACCGAAACAUCUAGUGUCUAGUGUUUUUGGGACAGGUGGAAGUAGACAAGCAGAGAAAAACAAUGGAAAAUAAACGAAAACACAAUUUAGACAACAAAAAAAACACGUUAGGGGAACACUGCUGCGGAAAUGCGUUUGCAAACUCACAGCCACAGUGUGAGGGAGGCAUCGUAAUUCGCAUGCUAGAAACAUAAACGUGUGUUAUACUAGCUGAAGGGUAAAUGCACGCACCGAAAACCCCAAACAAAACCACAACACACCGAGCGACAAACAUUGUACCGUAGCAACAAAAAACAAUACCAGUUACUGGACAUUAAUAAACGUAAGUAAACAAACAAGAAAUAUAAAAACCGAAAAUCGAACGAACACGAAGCAAGUAAACAAGUUGUUAAGGAAAGUUAUCUAAUUCUACUGCAAAAACAAAACACACACAAAAAAAAACAAGAUAAACCAUUGAAUAGACGAACACAACAAGAAAAGAAAAGGUAGUAAGAGAAACAAUUAUGCAGAACGGAAUGAAAAGAUAGAUAAACGAGCAUGAUAAAAAAACAGCACACAAAAAAUCGGUCGAAUAAAGAAGGAAAAACAGCAAAACAUAAUAUAAAACCAACCGUGAGUCGUUAAUUGUGUACACUAGCGUUGGGGUAUGGGGGUAACAAAAGAAAAAAAAAACAAAUACAAAAAGCAAAAAUAAGCAAACAAAGGUUAAACAAAACGUUAGGAAUCAGUCAGAACUGUAGUAUGUAAGCAAAGUGAAUAACGCACGAGGAAGCAAGGAAGUUAGAAAACGGAACAUGCAAAGGUACAAUCCUUUGGUAAAGGAAAGAAAUUAACACAUUAAACACACGUUCAAAUACCGAUCUCAUCGUAACUGGAUCGUUGAAUGGUGGGCAGAACAUAUAGAAGAAGAAAAAACAAAUUUGGUGGCUAUAAAACCACCCCCAAAACGUUGAAUAGUCAGUUGAGUUGGAAGUGUGGAAUAGCUAAGAAAAAGAUAGCUCCGAUCGUUUAAUGGAAGAUAGAAACGGUUCGCCAUAAUGCAUGUGUUACCAUCAACCGAUUUACGGAUGAUGAGAAGUGUUGGAAUGCGAUUGGAACUGUAGAACCUACGGGUAAAGGAUACGGGAGAAGAACAUGAAAGACACUCAUGUAAGUGAAAGUAAAUUCUUGACUCAAUACUGCUAAGCGUCGGAUACAUGCGUAGGUUCAACGUUACUUUUUCAAUCCAAUAUUUUCCAACCAGCUGCUCGCUGAUCGAAAGUUAAACCGAAGAAAAACGAAUAAUAACUACCGUAAGCUUACAAAGAAGGGAAACCAACGAUCGGGGUCAUUUUGGGGGAACAUUUGUGUCGAGUUUCUUCUCAAGCGAUCCGAUUCUUGUUCCGAACAAAACGGGAAGCGCAUUAUACAUCCUCAACGAACCCUCAAAUGAUUUGAACACACCAUUCACGCACCGAUCCACACAAAACACACGGACAAAAACACAUCAAUACACAAACACACUGCACACUGUACGCACACGUACGGCAAAACAUUGUUAUACACCAGUUCUGGUGUACACGUGCAGGGCAGCACGGCGCGAUGAGUGCACGCUCUAGGAAAAAAAAAAACAUCAAAUGUUAUGGCCUUACGAAGGCAGGCGCACCUCUAGCAAAUAUGCGGACAGUUAUGAACGGCUUUUUUGGCACACGCUUACCUUAUUUCCCUGUCAUCUGUUCAGCUAAGCCCACUGGUACUAUACGACUGUUGCAUCUGUCAGACACUUUAUACUCCGCUGCUGUACGCGAUGUAGUAUUGUUGUAUCCAUUUCCGCACUCAAGCAUUGUUGAUCUUUGUUGUGCUGAUUAGUGAACCGGAAAGAUUGUUUGCAUUUAAUCUUAUAUUAAGUUUGUACCUCAACUGAUCAACAGUUUGAAGAAAAAUGAAAGCGAAAACAAACAUAAAACAUCUAUAACCGAAGUAAUGAAUAGGCAAACGUCAUCAGCUGAAACAUUUGGACAAAAACCGGUAACAUACACCAACAUACAAAAACACAUUCACAUAGUUGAGACUCGAUAGAUGAAACACACCAAUUUGCAAAGCGAAUGUAACUACCGCUAGAAACUAGGCAAAAACAGUUCAAAAACCAUCUGAGUUUGAUUACUGUGAAGCUUAUCUAUUGUUUGUAUAUAAUUUAGGCGAAAACAAAACAAUGAUACACAAUUCUUUUCAACAUGCUGUUCAUAAUUAAGAAGCAACAGUUAAUCGAUUAAUAAUAAUAAUAGAAUAACACGCAGAAAAUGAUGUGUUAAGCGUAAGAAUCGAAAAGAAAGAUGAAGCCAAACCAAAUAACAAGCAGAAGAAGAGAAAAAACACGAGUUAAUAGAGUUUAAAAAUUAUAGAGUAAAUAUAAUGAAAACACACUCACCAAACACACGACAAAACCAACACAAGUAUAAACGGAAUACAUGAAACAAAUCGAUCAAACAUACAGUUGCCAACCAAGGUAGUGCAUUUUGUGGGAGAAAUAUAAGAAAUAAAAAAACAAACAAACAAACAGCGGCAGAAAAUCAGUUAGUUUAACUAAUGAUUAACUAAUUGGUAAAAGGCGCAUGGUAUGAACACAACACGCAGAAUGCGUUCUCAAACGCCAAAAACGUAAAGAAAUAGUAGCGCGUAAGUUGAAGGAAAAAUACUAGAACCCGUACCGGCACCGUACGACGAAAACUGAGAAGGAAGCAAGUUAAAAGCAGAACACGAAAGGAGAAGAAAAAAACGGCAAAAAAAGAACAUGAAAGUAUUAAAGAGUCUAUCAUUUGUUUAUGAUUUCUAGCGAAAACAAAAAAAGGACAAAAAACAAAAACUAAUAAAAAGAAAAAGAAAGGAAUAAAGUAUUAAUAUCCGAAAAUGAACAGUGUUCGUUUUAUUUUUUGCCUCGUUCAUUUACAACAGUACACCGAAACCCAACCGUAGAACCUGUCAAUGUUGUGUGUACCUGUUUGUGCUCUCCUGUUUGCAUCUUCUCAUCGUUUUCUGUGUUUUUGUGUGUGUUACGCAUGUACGCUGGUAUGAUGAUUGUUGUUAAACUUCUUUCUUUCUGUUGGUUUUAACUUUCCUUUAGCUCUUGUCUGUCUUUACUAUCGUAUAUGUUUCUACCUUUGUCUCUUCUAAUACGAUAUUCUCUUGUCUUUUAUCCUUAACAUUUCCUACUUACUAGUGACACGUUGUAGAAUGUGAACAAAUGCAAAUGGAACUGUUUGUAUGAUUCUGACUCCCUUCUACCUUUGUUACACUUUCCACCUACUUGCAGCCAUUUCUAUAAAUAUAACCAUAAUAUUCCUCGUCUUCACACUGUAACCUUUUCUUAUUGCUCUGUACUCUACCGCUCACAUUGUAGGUCACAACACUUACCCCUACAACAUACACUAUUGUCACACGAUGCGUCAAACGGAGUUUGGAAAUGUAUUAUAAAUUGCUUGUAAAAUCGUGCAGAACAUUUUGAAAUUGAGCGAAUGGACAGGACAAAAGUUAACUGCAGCAACUGCUAGGGAUGAGAUGCAAAACUGCCAUUGAUUUGUUUACAAAACUAUCGUAGACGGUCUACAGUAGUGUUGAAACAAAGAUACAUUGAAAAAUAAAACCAAAUGAAUAUAAAAAAAGCAAAUCAACCCCUCACGUCGGAAUCAAUGUCAGAAAAUGGACAAUACAAACAGCUGGCCUGUCUCUAUUGUCUAAAGUAUUUUGUUGUAUUCAACAAAAGUUACUCGGUUUUCAACAAUGGUUCUUAAUAACAGAAGAGAAAUGUAAAACACUAUUGUAACUAACAAUAUUUGUUUGAAUUUUUCAAAACAAUCUAAACAUUUUAAUGUUUUCCUCAGUUCCUCAACAGGUUCACUAUUUGAAAGGACUAUUUUAUUAAACCACACAACUCUAGUAUGUUCGUUUUAUCAAAGCAUGUUCGAUGUUUGAAACUAAAUACACAAUAUUCGUGUGUGACUGCUUCUUUCACCUGAAGAAGUGUAAAUUGUAUGCACAUUAAAAAUGCAAACACCUAAUUAGAAACUUUGUGUACUCCAAACGAGCAAUGUGAUGCUCGAUCGACCGGAUUAGUAAUUCACAUUGUUCAACAGCUGCUAACGUGACUCCUCUCUAGCUCUCCACAAUACACAAGAGAAAAAAACAAACUUACUUGAACCCGUUGCAAAGGAAAACAAACGAAAAACGUUGAAAAAAAAACUUAACAGAAUAAAGCACAGCAAAACAAAAGAACUAUAUUAGGCCUUAAAAUGCAAUACAUAAUAUUUUAAAAGUAGUUGUGAUAAAAAGUGAAGUAAAACAAAAAAAUAAAAACACCGAACAAAAAAAAAACAAACAAACAAAACCAAAACUAAAGGGAAAGUGAAACACGGUCAAAGGAAGGUAUGGUUCCAAUAACUCACGAAACCAUACACUAGGUAACACAGGCUGUCCGUGCAUCUACAGCACCUUCUUGCGGACCGUUGAUUGCGUAACGAUCAAAACCACGCACACGCUUUUGAAGAAACGGCCAUAUUUGUUGUUCGUGUAAAUGGAAAAUGGGUCUCAAAGGCUUCAAUAUUGAAUAGUUGGUAAUGCAAAAAAAAAAACAAAAAACAAAACAAGACAAAAACUAUUAGAAUUACUUUAAAGUAAACGAAAAGUAUGGAAAACCAACCAAAAAAAUAAAAAACUAAACAAACAAACUAACACGCAUACAGUAAGACACACACACACACAUAAUACAGUAAGGUAUGAAACGAAGCGCAACGUCUCGACGUACGGUGAAGCUGGUCCCCGUUGAUGAAAUUGUAACACUAGCAAGUAGAUGGUAUGUUGAAUUGUAUUUAAUAGUUAACAUGGAUAGUUGCCUAUAGUGAAAUUGGAAAACGAGAGACAAGUAUUGUAACAACAAAAACCAACAUGAAGAUGUUUAUUAGCAUACGUAACGGAAGCGGGCAGGCCUCUACGUUUGCUUUUUUGGUAACCGUCAUAUGUUAUCCGUUACGAACCGUUUUCUUUUACGUGUUAGUGUGUAUGUUAUAGAACGUCCUUUGUCAGCGAAUGCGUGUUGCGGUUGAGAACGAUGAGAACUAAUAAUAGUGUUAGCGUACCUAGCUCGUACCACGGUUCAGUGCUACUGAUCAACAUUAUGGGAAGGUAAUGUACUAAUAAUAACAAUAAAGACUCUCUAAGGAUUAACAAAUUAAA